GCGAGACAGAGAGAGACGCUCGUUCUACAGACUUCUUGCUUCAGCUCCAAGUUGGAAUAACCGGCGACAGCGACCGGACAGCGACCGCUAACCGGACCUCGAGGCUCGACAACAUCGGCAGCCGGAGCAGGAGCAGGAGCAGAGCAGCAUGUUCAUCGUCUUCAUCGUGCAGGAGGCAAUCGAUCGAGACGCGAGGGUGGCGGAGAGCGAAGGCGAAGGCGGAGGCGAGCAUGGAUGGCAGCAAGAGAGCGAGCGACAGUCGGAUUGGAGGAGCGCAGAGGCGGGGAAGGGUGUGAACCAAUUUUCGGGCAGCCAUCGAGUGGAGUUCGCUUUGUGCGGUCGCGUAGCUUCGAGGCGGGCGGUGUUGCCUGAAUCGCGUGCAGGCGUCGAAGAGGACGACGAAGAAGGAGUGGAGUGGAGUGGAGUUUUUCGGAGAGGGGAGGAAGGGAGGGAGGGAGGGAGAGGGUAGGACGGGAUGGAUGAUUUGUGAAGGGGAUUCGGGGAGUUUUUAGGAGGGCGAUUUUCGGGCUCGUGAGAGUUGGGCCAAAAAAUGGAGGCUCCGACGAUCGCAGAUCGGCAGCAGCAGGUAUGGCCGUUACAAGCCCAUCCACCUCCGUUGCAGCUGGGGCAAGUGCAGGUGCUGGUGCCGGACGCCUUUGUGGCGAGCAUGCAAGUGCAACAAUCGGAGCCCCUGCAGCUGGGUUUCAUGUGUGGGAGCCUGCCCGUACCCACGUUUAGCUCGUCGGGCAUCUCGGACAUCACCAGCAGCAGCAAUUCGUCCCCGCAAGCCGCUCUUAUCCCUGCCAUUAGCUUGCAAAGCCAACGUGCAGCUCCACCGAGGUAUCGAGUUUUGCCCACCGAAACAGACCUCAACACUCCUCCACCGGAAAGCUUCCAAGCGGAGCCGAACUUUCCUGUAGCAGCCUCGCAUGAAGCAGCAGGAUCGUGUAAAGGAUGGGGUGGGACUUACCUGAGUCAACCCGUAGCGAGAAAGUGCGAGUCUCUUGCAGUCAACGCCUUGGCGGGUUACGGUGACGACAUUGACGUCGUAGCUCCAAUAGACAUACUGAAGCAGAUUUUCAAAACUCCUUAUUCGAAAGCUCGAAUAUCAGUGGCUGUCCAUCGCAUCGGCCGCACUCUCAUUUUAAACAGUGGACCAGAUGAAUGGAGAGAUGAAAGACCCGGGGCGAAGAUUGCAAGGCAAAAGAAAAGUCACGCCAAAGCGAUGGAAAGUACGCUGUUCUCUAAGUUUGUUCAACAUUCAAUGAAUGGGAACUCUUGUCCUUCCGAGUCCACGACACAUUCCGAGUCGCAAGAUUCUCAAAGUGAUGCCGGGUUUGAAGAGAUAGUGGAUCAUGAUGUGCAUCGCCGAUCCAGGUCAAGAAUGGCAGCUCAGCGUAAGGGUAAACAACGGGUGUCCUUGGGUCAUCACUGUCGGCGGAACAGAUGUGGAGGAGGAUCCAGAUUCGUUGGUGAACAACAAAGGGAGACGGAUUUUGAUCAGAAUGAAUGUCCUGCCGAGGGACCUCAGAGGCCACCUACUGAAGGAUUUCUAAGGGUCCUUUUCUGGCAGUUCCAAAAUUUGAGGAUGCUGCUCGGAAGUGAUCUUCUUUUGUUCAGCAAUGAGAAACAUGCGGCUGUGAGCCUGCAUCUUCUCGAAAUUGAGCGGCAGGUGACACCUUUGAUGUGGUUGGAUGCGUGGUUGGAUAAUGUGAUGGCCAGUAUACCCGAGCUAGCUGUUUGUUAUCAUCGGAACGGAGUCGUUCAGGGUUAUGAAUUGUUGAAAACAGAUGAUAUAUUUCUAGUGAAGGGUCUUGCCGAGGACGGGAGUGCAUUCUUCCAUCCGCAUGUUGUUCAGCAAAACGCUUCUACCGUUUUGAGAUUUUUGCAAGAUAACUGCAAAGAGGAUCCUGGGACAUACUGGCUUUUGAAGAACUCCGGAGAAGACCUUAUGCAACUCUUCGAUCUCUCUGUUAUCUCAAAGCCAUUCUCGUCUUGCGGCGAAAAGGAGGACAAAGACGGUGCUACUUUGCCUUCUACGAGAGGCUGUUGCAAUGGACAUUACUCCUUACCUUUGGCUAUGCUCUUGUAUCGAUUAACCAAUCGACUUUCCAGAUCAAAGGAUCCUGCUGACAGACGAAAGUGUGCGAAGCUCUUUGGAAAAUGUCUUGAGUUCAUGGAUGAGCAGGAACAUCUGAACAUUCGGGCCUCAGCUCAUGAGCACGUCGCCAGGCUUAUACUCACUACUUAUGAGGAAACAGGAUCGAUUCUGAAACCCUUGUUACUUGAAUCCAGCAUUUCCAAUGCAAAUGAAACAAAGCAAUCUGUGCUUGAACUACCUUGUUCAGAGGGGGAGUCCACAGGUCACGAUUUUACUGUCUCAACACAUGAAACGGUACAAGUUUGUGAUGUAAGUGGGCUUACCGUUCAGCAACUGGAGGAGUCUGAAAGUGUGGCGAAUGAAGAAGUUAUUGAGGACCUGUCUUUGACUUCAGCGAAGUCUACACCUCAAAUGACGUCAGAUGUGUUGAUGGUUGCUUGCGCUGAUGCUUCAGAUUAUAGUUGCUCAGAGUCAAAUUCAGACGUUCGAGCGGAAGCUGCCUUAGAGCCACAAAAAGUAGUUCGUUUAUUCCCAGCAGCCUACUCGUCCCCCAAGUCAUUACGUGCGCAAACAGAUACUGUGUCUGCCCAUCUUGAAGCAGUGCAUCAUAUAUCUCAAGCAAUCAAAGCACUGAGGUGGCAGAGGCAGCUGCAAGAUGGUGAAGAGCAUCCAGUACGACCUCAGAGCGUUUUGAACGAGCCGUCGAGUCAUAUUCAACAGGUUUGCAUUUGUGGAGAAGUAGAUUGUGUGGCCGUUUGUGACUUCAAGGAAAUUGGUAUCGGAGCCCAAAUGGAUCAAAAGCUUUGGGGCCUUAUGUUACUUCUUGGUGACGCGUAUCUUGCUCUUGGUCAUGCAUACAAGGACGAAGGUUUACUUAGCAGAGCUCUGAAAGCGACAGAAUUAGCAUGUCAAGUAUGUGGGGCCAUGCCUCCUGCUAGAGAUGUAACUGGUGCUUGGAACAGUUCCAAUUUAUCGAGGAAACCUGCGAGUGUUGGUGAGGAUCUAUUACGAGAAGCAUCCAAAGCGAAGUAUUUUCAAGUAAGAGGUGUCGGCACGUCCCCUUCGUAUUGUUCUUCUGGUUUAAAAACGAAGAGUUCGCAACAAGGGCCAUUUUGGGGCCAAUUGUGGAUGUUUGUUGGAGACAUAUAUGUGGAGAUUCAACGUACUCUUGGUGAAGGAGAUGUCACCCCACUUGAGCAGGGCUCUCACUUUGAGGAGCUAACAAUGACACAGGAGGUGCUGAAAGAGGUCAAGCGCUUGAAGAAAAAAAUUGGCCAGUUCAGAGGAAGUUGCGGACUAUGUAGCUUGACAAGUUGUAGUUGUAAGAGUGACAGGGCAAGUAGUGGGGACAGUGCCAGCAGCUGUAGUAGCAGCAUUGAUACUAUGAAAUACGGCCGCAAGCAGACGAAGAAGUCGACCACUAGAAGUCGUUCCAACCUCGCUGGAGAUGCUUCAGACGUGCAUCAGGAAAGGUCGGCAGAAAGUGAAUGGAAGUUGGAAAAAGAGUCAUCUUCUAAGUCCAGACAAAUUGAGGUUCUGAAUUCCAAGCUACCGAAUGGUCAUACUCAUGAUUUUGAAUCGACCGCCGCCAAUCCGAAGCCCAAUGGUGAUUCCUCAAGCAGCUAUGUACCUCCUGACAUCUUCUUUUAUUUGACGAGGCCCGUGUCAGUGGAUUGGGAAGCCAAUCUCUCAGCCGCUGUUGAUUGCUACUCUGCUGCCAUUAACGCGUUUUCUGGCCUUUCGGAGUGCUCAGAAAAUGUCGAAUCCACUCUGAGAAAGAAGGGCUGGGCUUGCAAUGAACUUGGCCGCAAGAGACUUGCCCAUGGUCUGGUGAAGUCUGCUGAAGGCUCCUUCGCAUCAGCCAUAGAUUCUUUUAGAGAAGUGAAAGACCUGACCAACAUUGUGCUCGUUUAUUGCAAUCUCGGCCAUGGUCGAAGGGCAGCUGCAGAGGCCGUAGCAGCCAAGUUGCCACUUGAGGAUGACUGCGAUUAUUUCACACCGUUUGUUCAUACCAUAGCUGAGGCCAAGUUUCUGUAUGGGGAAGCUUUGAAAUAUUAUGAUUUGGCUCGGCGGGAAGUCAAUGGUGGAAAUGGGGAGGCUACGUCUGGCCUUUGGAAUGAGGUGCAUACGCAGUUGGCACACACUUAUCUCAGGCUUGGUAUGCUUCUGGCGAGAGAAGACAGGUUCGUGUAUGCAUGUCGAAAGAAUAAGGACUUGCGUGGACUUGUAGGGGAUGGAAAUUCUGAUAGCAAAGAUGGUACAUCGACUAAAGAUGCUAUAACAAAAGCUCUGAUUUUAUAUGAGUCUUUGGGAAAGUUUCGCGCUCAAGAGGCUGCGUUCGCACAAUUCCAGCUUGCUUGCCAUCACAGAGACUCUUCUUUCAGCGCAGCAAAGCAAGUAGAUGCAUUCGGAUCGAAGAAGAUCGAGACCUCAAUGUUUCAGAAGGUCAAGUUGCAUGCCUCCCUUGCAGAGCUCUAUUGGCAAAAAUCUCUCGAUUUCUAUAAACCGGAGACUCAUGUCGAUAUGUUCCUUGGCAUUCUAAUGGAGAGAUCAGCCUUAUGUUCCGAGAUGGGAGCUUCGCUCAAUCAGAAUCUGAUGAUAGAACAGGCUCUUACUUAUUUACUAGAAGGACGUCGAGCUUUUAAUUUAUCAGAUGGAGGAGACAGGGACAACAUUGCAGCUCGUACUCAGCGGGAAAGACCGUCGGAGGCGAUCGUGGCGAAGUUUAUUCUCCAGAUACAAAAGCUGCUGAAGACCAUGCUGUCUGGAGCCUUAAUGUUGACUAAAUCCUCUCCAACUGCUUUUGCCUCAAAUAGAGCCCGGAGGAAUAUCGAAACUGCGAAUAAUGGGGAACCGAGUGCAGCUAAAACUUCUGACAUUGGGAAGCUGAAGGAAAUGUACCGAGCUUCUUUGCAGUUGCAUGGGGAGCCCAACUUGGAGCAGUUGUACAAACUUUGGGUUUCGUAGAGGUUCGAGAUGAUUUUAUUCCAAUCACUUGUCCUAGACUUGGCCGAAGCAAAUUUGUCAAUCAUACAGUUUCUGUCUGUUGAGCAGGAUUUUUUUGUCCCUGAUCUGCGUGGCAUUUCAGAGCUUAUGGUUCCAACCCAGUUUUUGGGAGUCUUGAAUGCAAUCAGCCACAGAUGUGGGAAGGGGUCGAAAUUUUUUUUUGCAGUUAAACGGGAAUAUAUUUUCUUAAUCUUGGAAUCCAGCUUCCGAUAGCCAAGUCUAUGAUGUGUAGUUAAGACUCUGAAUAGGAGUCGUUUCUGGGGAUACAUAGUCGUACUGAAGCAACGAGUUUAUACAUAGUGAAAUGCUGAAGUGAAAAGUUGAAUUUACCUUGUUUUACACAAAAUUAGAGGAUCAAUUCAACUCUUAACACUUCGGAAGUGGACAUGUUUCUAUAUCUCUUUGCCGAGCGGAAAUACAUAUGUUUUGAAUCAGCAAUUGAAAG